UGACACUGUCGGAUGGCGUGAGGGCGGUGAAGCCGGAAGUGCCCGGGCAGAGCGUAGCAGGCCUGACCCUGUGGCUCGUUCGUGGAGCUGCUGCUGUUCUCAGUGGGAGUUCUGUACAUGGAACAACUGCAGAACUGGGCCAUCUCACGUAUAGAGUCAAAUUCUACCCUUAAAUUCUGGACAAUCCUGUGUCAGUGAGGAGGCUAUGGCUCUGCUCUUGCUCCCAUCGUAGUCGUGGCGAAAGUGGUACAGAAUUGGGCCUAAAGGUGCUUGCAGUUAAUUCACAUGUCAUCAGAAAAUUCAACCAUUACUGUUCGCCUGGUUCGCUCAUUUGAGCACCGUAAUUUCAGACCUGUGGUGUAUCAUGGAGUUAAUUUGGACCAGACUGUAAAGCAAUUCAUUACAUUUGUAAAGAAUGAUGUGUCUUUAAGAACAGGACUUCCACCUCCCUUUAAAAAAUACAAAUAUGAUACGAUGAAGAUUAUUCACCAAGCACAUGGAUCUAAGACCAAUGAACUUGUAGUGAGUUUGGAGGAUGAUGACAAACUCAUUUUAAAAGAAGACAGCACUUUGAAAGCAGCUGGAGUAGCAGAUGAAACUGAAUUAGCGUUCUUCUGUGAAGAAGAUUACAGAAACUACAAAGCUAAUCCUGUUUUGGCCUGGUGACGAUCCAAAGAGACCAGGAUUUUUUUGUUUUCCCAUACCCGUUUAAAACUCUCUUUUUCUGUUUAAUGAGAUUUUUUUUUUAAAUCAAUAAAUCCUAGAGGAUUGCCUCACAAAUGCUGAAAUUUCUUUAUUAUAGAAACUCAUUUCUCUCAGGAUGCUGAGAUUCAGGGGGAAAAAAUCAAUGACACAAAUUUGCUUUCCUUUCAUACAUUCCCCCCGCCCCCCUUUACAUCUUACAAUGUAAGCAGUAUAAAUGAACUCGGACCUGUAACAUUCUGGUGGUGUGAUUCUACAGUGGUGGAUUAAGUAUAAGAGAUUAAGUAUAAAAGACGUUAGCUAUGUAUGGAAAUUGUACAAGGCAGAUGUAAAAUCCCAUCAUAAUGGUAUCCUUUUUUUAUGGAAAAAGGAAACUUUUUAUGACCAACUGACUGGAUAUUUUAAAGAGUUUAGUGAUGGAAUCCCUAGGUUACAAAUAAUAGAUUUAUUUCACUCAUCUUAUGUUCAGUCUGUCUUGUUUGAAUGGUGCAGGCUGAUUCAGGUUUCAUAUUCUUCACUUGUGAAUGCUUUCCUUUAUACUCUAUAUUCCAGCCUCGUUUAGUGUGAUGAAACAGACAAAUGACUGUUUGGAAGCUUUUGUGUUCAAGGACCAGCCUGCCUGUUUUUAGCAUCGUUUCACGGAGAUGCCUUGGUGUAAGGUGUAGCAACUUGACUUCUUGUGUGACAUCAGUAUGCAUAAGCAGACAUCAGGCAUUUCUCCAAAUGGUGUGAAAGCCAGUGAAUGCUCCUGGGUUCAGUUCAGUAUUAAAAUAAAACCAGAAUGAUUGCAUUUCUUGUGACGGGAGGCACAGUCUGUGGGCAGCUCUUUCCAGGACAGGGAAUGAUUCUUUCCCACUUUCUUGGAGAUGAAUACUCCCAUAGUGUCACUAUCUAUUAGUUCCUGGAACUUCCAUACUCUUCUGCUACAUUCACCAAAUUAAGAACAAGUAGAAUAGUCAUUCUAGAAUGAUUAGAUACACUUGCUCUCCAGGAAGAGUUAAUACUGCUGUUCCAUGAAAUUGCAGUGCUAAGCCAGUGGCCCUUCAUGGGUUGUGUUGUACAAUAGCACGACAGGGCCUUUUGUUAUGCUCUCGAACACUGCUUGUAUACUGUGACUCUUUCUGAAAUACUGUUCGACUUGUGUUACUUUCACCAGCUCUUUAAAGAACUUCGGUCUUCAAAAAAAGGCAUAGAAAAUCACCAAGACUUAUUAUUCAAACAGAGAAUGUUGGAACAGAAUACCAGGAGGAUUGGUAAUGGAAUAUGGGGCCUUUUGUCACUGGAAGCUGGUUUGAUUCUGGAGCAGUUGAGUGGUGAACAAAAGUUGUUAGCAUCCAUUACUUCCAGUAGCCACUGUGAAAUGGGUUAGAGGUCUCUGUUCAAUUCCUUAUGGAAUGGUCAGCCCAUCACAAGAAAAGGCCACCACAGUUGGUACCCUGGUUUGUGGUCUUAGCAGAGGCCCUGACUAAAUAGGUACAGAGAUUGAACUAACAUCUGAUCAAAGGUGAUUUCCCCAUGGCAGUGUGGGCUAGUUUGUACUGAUUUUGCUUGUGCUCUUAGCCAUUGUGGGGAUAAUGAGGACUUUACUUUCCAGGGCUAUCAACCUGUCAUCUCUCACCAGCUCUAAUUUAAACUAUAAAACAAAUAGAACUGUAGUCUUUAUCUUGAGUGGCUUUGAUUUUAAAUCAGCCUGAGGUUUACUGUCUGAUGGAUGGUGGAAUGAACUGACCCUCCUGCAGAAGAAACAGAUCCAGGACUUUGUAUGGAUCACAAUAGUUGGGAAGGGAUAGCUGCAAUGGGAGAGGGCAGAGCUGGGGAAUUUCUCACGGAGGGAAAAAUGGCAUCAGGGAGUGGAGGCUUAGUUAGAUGUUGACAUGGGAAGAUGGCUGCAGUGGGAGUUUGAAUGAGAAGGAAUCGCCAGCAUGAGCAAUGGUGCCUGGCUGAAUAAAUUCUCAGUUAUAGCUAGUCAGCUGGAUACAAAAACAGUCUUCAACUGUCCUAAUUUUUACAAUUAAAACUGUCAGUUUGUUCACUUAAAAUACCUUUUGCAAAUCUUGCUUGUGCAGGCAUCUGAAUUUUCCAGAGACAAUUCUGUUACCUCCUGACAUCGAUGCUGCUUUUCUGUUUGUUAAGAAAAAAUUGCUGGCAUGGAUAUUUAUAAUGGGUAUGUUAAAUGCUCCCAAUUGUUAUUGGCUUAGACCCCUUCCUAGAUCUUCAAGGAGGAGUCUAAGUCUAUGUUGUGCAGUGUCAGUGUUAAUUAGGGGAACUCUUUACCCUCUGAAAGUUAUUUUGUUCUAGAAGAGAUUUGCAAGUAUUGAAUGUAGGACGACGAAUGUUCCUCAUUUGGUUUUGUGGGCAUUCAGCACACUACCUUACAAUCAGUUCAUUUGAAAAAAUAUUUGCAGGUAACCUUUAGCAUGUAGCACUUGUCACUGGUCUAGAACAGCUGUGGAUUCCUGUCCUACUGGGCAAGGAGUAGGGAAACUGACUUCAGGCCUUGAGGAAGAGGGAUCCUUAAAGGGUGGGAAUGUGAUUAUAGGACAUGCUUGGUCACAUCAAUAAGAAAAUACAGGGCUCUCUUUGAAGUUAGUGGCAGCAGGAUCACUAUAAACACUUAGGCUAUGUCUACACAGGCAGAGUUUUUUCGCAGAGAGUUUGGUCGCUGAUAAAAAAGCGCUUCAAGAAAAUUGCUGUUGUGUUCACAUUGUCUUCCACUGGUGGCAUAGCGCAUUCACACUUGUGGCACUUGCAUCGGCAAUGAGAGCAGUGCACUGUGGGUAGCUACCCCACAGUGCAGCUCUCCCGCUUCUGCUGCUAGGUCUUGUGGGAAGGCGCAGGGGAUCAUGGCGCAUCAUGGGUCCGGGCUCAAUGCCCCGUGAUGCACUGCUUUCCGUCCCAGCAUUCCAUGUGCUUCUGUCGUCAGUUCGUGGCAUUUUUCAACGUCCCUUGUGUGACGUUGCACCCCAUAAUGUUUUAUAGAAAUAUGCUUAUGAGUGUAAAUAUGAUGUAACUGGAA